CAACUAUUAACUAUCAUUUAUGUUUUUCAAAAAAACUAAUCUAAAUAAAUAGUUACUACUAUCUCCUGUGCUCCAAACUCCUCUGCUAGGGUUUGGAGUCGGCGGGCCUCUUCCUUCGGGAACCCUCUCCGGCAGCGGAGCCCCUCUACUUUCUCUUCCGUCUCUGCGUCGAGCCUCUGAUCUAUGGUAUUUGGCCGUUUCAAAUUGGGGUGUCAUAAAUCUGGUGCCUCUCCUCAACUUUUGUUUCUGCAAAUCACGUGGGGCGUUUCCAGAUCUCUGCAAUUUUGCUCUAUUUCGCAACUUGGGCGGUGCGUGCUAGAUCUCUACAAAAAUCCUCUGUUUUCAUUACUGAACCUCCAUCUCGAUCAUGGCAGCAGAUGAAUCGGGUUCUAUGCUCAAUCGGAUUCGGAUUGCAGAGAACGAAGAUGGAUUUCUCCCACUGCAUAUGGUUUGGAAACAGGAAGAUGCUUGGAAUUUCAGUAUUGCCAUGCCUCUGUAUUGCUUAGAUCUAGGGUAUCUGAGUGGUAGUCAUUGGAGGCUGAUUGGUUUUUUCGAUUGUAAGCCAAAGGAAAAGGAUGAGGUUGGUGAAGUCGCUACGGGGGAGAAUGCCAAUUCAGACUCAAAAGGGGCUCUAGUUCCCUUAUUGAAAUUUGGCAACAAGGGCUUGCAAAGGAUUGGAAUAGUUAGGGCAUGGUUGGGAGCCCAUGGCGAUAAGGGAGGUGCCUGGGUUUGUAUGGAGGAGCAUGGCCCUCCUAUUGAUUGAAACUGUUUUAGGGACGACAUAUAGUGGGUUGGGGACUGCUGAUGUCGAAUUUUCCCUGCUCUCCCCGUGAAGCUGGCUAAAUAGGUGAAGACGUCCAGUAGUUUCAGACACUCAUAGCGACUUUUUUUUCUACUUUUGUAGCCCUAUUUUUGCCUUUACAGCGAUUGUAGCUACAAUCUUUAGUCACAGAUGGCCCUCUUCGCUUAAUUGUCCAUAUAUGUCAUGGGCACAGUUUAAAUCUGUUACUAAUGCUGUAGGUUACGCUUCUGUCCUUAAUUUGGCUAUACUGCCUGCUUGAGAUUCAUCUGUAAUCUCUUUAUAUUUAAUAUAAUUUUCUAU